AUGAGCUUCUCUCAGUACGACCAGAUGCAGGGCCCGCCUGCUGGCGAGCAGCCCAACCAGAGCGGCUCGCAGCCUGACCUUGGCCAGCAGAUGGACCCCUCAGGCAACGGCUUCCCACCCCAGGGCAACAUGGGCCCGCCAGGCAGCGCUGGAGGCGACGGCCAGCCCAGCGCCGGCAAGACAACUCUCUGGAUGGGCGAGCUUGAGCCCUGGAUCGACGAGAACUUCGUGCGCAGCAUUUGGUACAACAUGGGCGAGACGGUCAACGUUAAGAUGAUCCGCGACAAGUUCUCCGGUAACGCGGGAUAUUGCUUCGUUGAUUUCUCUACCCCCGAGGCUGCAGCCAAAGCGCUCUCUCUCAAUGGCCAACUCAUUCCCAACUCCAACCGCCCCUUCAAGCUGAACUGGGCUAGUGGUGGCGGUCUAGCUGACAGGAGCCGCGACGAGCGUGGUCCCGAGUACAGCAUCUUCGUGGGCGACCUGGGCCCCGAGGUCACCGAAUUCGUGCUCGUCCAGCUGUUCCAGAACAAGUACCGAUCGACCAAGUCAGCCAAGAUCAUGUCCGAUCCCAUCUCCGGAAUGUCGCGCGGCUAUGGCUUUGUCCGCUUCGCAGACGAGGCGGACCAGCAGAAGGCCCUCACCGACAUGCAAGGCGUCUACUGCGGCAACAGGCCCAUGCGCAUCAGCACCGCAACCCCCAAGAACAAGAGUGGCGGUCCUGGCGGCCCCGGUGGCAUGGGCAUGCAGCAAGGCGGUCCCGGCGGCCCUGGCAUGGGCAUGUACUCCAUGGGCGCUCCCCCGAUGGGCUACUACGGCGCGCCCCAGCCCAUGAACCAGUUCACCGACCCUAAUAAUACGACCGUUUUCGUCGGUGGCCUGUCCGGCUACGUCACCGAGGACGAGCUCCGCUCUUUCUUCCAGGGCUUCGGUGAGAUCACCUAUGUCAAGAUCCCACCAGGCAAGGGAUGCGGCUUCGUCCAGUUCGUGCAGCGUCACGCAGCGGAGAUGGCCAUCAACCAGAUGCAAGGCUACCCCAUCGGUAACUCGCGCGUUCGUCUUAGCUGGGGACGUUCCCAGAACAACUCCGGCCCAGCCGGUACUCCUUACCGUCCUGCACCCCCUCCGCCAGUCUACGGGCCUGGCAUGGGCAUGCCACCGCAGCACUUUGGCGGCGGCUACGCUCCCAUGAAGGUAGGAAAUAUGCCUCUCUACCUCGACCAAAGCUAA